AUGGCAAAGGAGCCCCAAUCUUAUGGCGGCGAAACGUUUUCACAAUAUGGCUAUGAAGCAUCCUCAAGUUCUGACGAUGGAACAAACUCAUCUCUCGACUCUGGCGUUUCUGACCUAGAUAUGUUCGUUGACUCCGGCCCCGAAGUCUGCAGUGACAUCGAGCUAGAAGAUCGCAAGAAAAUGGCCCUUGACGUGUUAGAACGUCACGGAAGAUACUGGGACACCCAGUCGAUCGAUGAUUGGAACCUUCAAUCGGUCAAGUCCGGAAGGUUUAUCAUCAGCGACAAAUCCGCCAGAUUUGCGACGGGGAAUUUCCGCGCCAGGGGGGAACCACUUGUCCUGGAUUUUGUAGAUGGCAGGUCUCUCAAUCCCAAAGCUACCAUCGACGUUCAAUGCGGCGGAUUAAUUGCAUCACCCGCGAAGUCCCAUGACAGUCCUUCCACGGACGAAACCUUGGCCGGAGAACAUGCAGAUAUGAUACAGAAGGUCAAACAUUUGAUGGAGAAAGUUGGGCUUGUGUCUCAAAGCACAAGGACGCGUCGUAUACCCAGCGCAUCAACAGUGGCGCGAACAUUCCAGACUGGAGACCCAUGGAGCUUACCGAGAGUGACAGGCGGCGCGAAUAGAUACCUUUCUACCUGGCAAAUGCUUCACAGAGAAGAAGGCGUGGAGACGUUACUGUAG